AAAAAAAAUUGCUGUACUUUUUAUUAGUUAGAAUUCUAUUCUGUUUCUUUUUGCCUUUGUAAAUAAGCUUAAAUCAAUAAAUCAUACGCAAUAACAAUAAUAAAAUAAUAAAAAAGAAGAAGCACCUUUUCGAACCUUUACAGUGGAAUUCAUUUUUUUCAGAAAUAAGACAUGCACAAAGACAUUCUUAAAAUUGUGCUAAUUGGCGACGGUGGUGUGGGCAAAACUAGCCUUCGAAAUCAAUAUAUCCACAAACGAUUCACAACAGCCUAUAAAGCAACCAUAGGUGCUGAUUUUAUUACAAAAGAAGUCGAAACAGACGAUGGUAGAAAAGUCAUGAUGCAGAUAUGGGAUACAGCAGGACAAGAACGAUUUCAGUCCCUAGGUGUUGCGUAUUAUAGAGGAGCAGAUGCCUGUGUACUGGUCUACGAUGUGAACAACUAUUUAUCAUUCCAGCAUUUAGACCGUUGGCGACAAGAUUUUCUGAAGCAAUCAUCGUUGCCGGCAGAAGAAGCAGAGAAUUUCCCUUUAUUGAUCAUUGGAAACAAAAUAGACAUAGAUGACAGAGUGGUAUCGAGACGACAAGCCAGAGCUUGGGCAGAAACUCAUUCGAGUGACAAGAUGCAGAUUCCAUGCUUCGAGACAAGUGCAAAGAAUGGGGAUCAUGUGGAGAAGGCUUUUGCUCAUAUUGCGCGGAUGGUGAAGAUACCUCAAAUGGAAUUGGAUAUGAACGAGAGUAACUCCUUUUCGUUGACAAGUAGUGACUCUCGAUUCAAAAAAAGUCGAUGCUGUUGAUGUGUGUGUGUGUGUGUGUGUGUGUGUGUGUGUGCACCUAGGUGGGGUGGGGGUGGUUGCUACACUUAUCGUUGUUAUUCUAUAUAUCCUUUAACUUUUUAUUAUUAUUAAUCAUCCUAAUAUUCUCACUCUUAUAGCCUUCAUAUCUUUUACUUGUGAAAAUCCCGUAAUGAUACAUAUACGUAGAAACGUACACUUUUAACAAAUGUUUUUGUACUAGAAACAUUUAUUUUAACCACUUAUUUAUUUUAUACUUGUAAAAGCGAAUAAAUUAUAAUAU